UAGCCACAAGAAAGAAUAGAAUAAUCAUCGUAAACUUCGACUCAAGUUUCGACUGCAGAUCUUCUUGAAAAGAGGAGAACAUAUUCCUGUCUUAGCGAGAGUGUUUUCGUGUCUUGUCCUGAGCGCAGCUCCUGAUCCUUCACACGAUGGGAGACAAUUUUGAGCAAUAUUUGCUCACGGACUACUGUGAUGUCAGCGAAACAAUACAGCAACGUCUGCUCAACACCCACAGAAUAAAAUACACAUGCUUCAGUGCCUCAGACAAGUGUCUGGUGUUUGGUGCUACAUCUGGCAGUCUGUAUCUGUUCCAGCGCUCGCCCUGCAAGUUCAGGCACUUGAUUCCCAAUCGCACGAGCUCCGUGAGCCUCGUGGCCAUUUCCGGCAGUGAGAAGUACAUCGCCCACGCCACCGCCUCGGGUGAGAUCUUCCUCACGAUGCUGGGCAGUGAGGCGAGCAGUCCCGAGAGGGCGAUCAAGAUCGACGCGGGGCGGAUUACUUGUCUCCACUGGGCGACGGGCGACAAGUGUCUCUAUUUUGGCGACGAUCGAGGACGCGUGGCGUGCGUGAGUGUGUCCACGUUCAUCCAUCGCUCUCUCCUGAACAUGCACACACAGGAAAUCCUGCUGCUCACGUCGCCAAUCCUGCAGAUUGACAGCUUCGACGUGCUCCUGCUCGUCACCACCACGUCCGGAAGCAUCAUGUGCAACACGGAACGCGAGGAGUUCAAGCGGAUCGGCUCGCAGGCGAGGAAUGGUGCUGGCGGAGCGUGCUUCGUGGGUAUUCAGAAAGACGAGUAUCUGACUGGGAAGAUUUUCUGCGCCAGACCAAAGACACGCUUCUGGGAAGUGCAAUUCGAUGGGAAUGUCAAGCAGACCAUCGAUCUGCGAGAGGCUCUGGCCAUUCCUCCGGCGCGAAUCAGGAAUGCCACAACAGAGGAGGAUGCAAGUGUGGAUUUUCCUGCGCAGAUUCUGUCUUUCCACCAGCUGCAAUGCAUGGAGAAUCGAUUGAUUGUCGCCAACACGUCGAGUGGCGUCUAUAUUUUUGACCCGACUCAGAAUUUCGUACUGUGGAAUGAUGAGUUCAGUAAUAUUCACAGUGUUCGGAUCGUUGGGAACAGUUUGUACAUCUUCCUCAACAGCAUGGAAGUGUUUGUUGUGCGUGUGACGAAGCUCUGUGAUCAUAUCGUGGACAUUUUGAUGGCUGAAGACUUCCCAAAGUGUCUGGAACUCAUGGUGCGAAACAUGUCCUACGUGAAAAAUCAUGUUAGGGUGCGAGAGAAUCUUCAUCAAGUGGGCAAAUUUCGUGAAUUCCUCCGGGAGACGAAGCACGAUGACAUUCUGAAUCUCUUGGAGAGCAUAAUUUCCACGCCGAAGCGUGAUUUGACUGAGAAUGCAAAUGCUGAUGAGAUGAAAUUUCCACAGAAGAACAUCAAAGAUGUGAUUGCCACGGUGAUAAAGAGCAAAUUGGGGAAGAAUAUCAAGAUGGGAUUGAAUUUGCUGGCAAGCUUUGACACGACGCCAAAGCAGGAAUCACCGGCGGAGCACCAGAAUGGCCAACGCACGGUGUUCAGGGAGAUUGAGGAAUUCUCAGCGAACUCCUUGGCGACUGACGAGGAGAUUGUGACGCGCAAAAUGGUGCUCAACAGGAAGACCAGCCCCGAGAUGGUCUAUCCCAGGCUCACGGAUGAGGAGAAGCUGCUGAGGAAUCUGUACAUGAUCUACAAGUCUUCCAGGAUCGGCAAUAUCAGGCUGGUGGAGAGAUAUGCUGAGAUCUUCGACAAGUACACACUGGCGGAGAUUUCGGCGUUGCUGGGAAAACUCCAGGGCGUCAUGGUUGAAAAUGGCGAAAGCGAAUCAGAAGCGCGCAGGAAUUGCAUUGGCCUGUAUUUGGACUACAUCAAGCCGGAGUUGAUUUGGGAGAUGGACGAGAAGGCGCAGGAAUUCCUCUUGGAGGGCUUCAUGGUGGUGAAUGAGGACGAAGGAGCGCCAAAGUGUGAGAGUUGCUCAUUUCCUCUGAUCACCGUGCACGAGGGUCAACACAUGGAUCUGGGCAAGAUUCUGUUUCAGUUCCUCUGGUCCAGACAAGACAAGCAGCGCUGUGAAUCUCUCGCUCGUCGCGUGCCUGCCCUGCUGGGCUUGUGGUGUCUCUAUCGCGCCCAGGAGGGCCCUUUUGAGCACAUGGAAGACUUCCUCUUUGCAGCGGGAAAUUGUACGACUGUGAGGAAAGUGUCUGAGCGUCUCAAGACGGUACAAUUCGAGAGGAUUCUCUAUCUUCUCGACCAGUUGCUCACGCACAGAGUGACUUGGUGUCCACAGUGCGGAGCGCAGGCCGAAUUGGCGGCCACAAUCGCUGGUCUGCCAACUUUCUACUCGUGGCAGUUCAUCACGGACGUGGCCGUGAAGCGUGCCGGCGGACGACAGACGCUGCAGGAGCUGCAGAAGUAUCAGAAGAAUCUCCCUGUGAAUUCCCUGACGAGGGAAUACUUUCUCAUGUGCUUGCAAUCGCCAUAGACUCAGGCUCCGCCGCGAGCUGCAUUUGUUCACUUUAUCAGUUACCACAAUCGGACACGAGUCGGAAUCCGGCUCAGUAUUGGACUGUAUUUUACUGCAUAAAUUUUUACACGCGUAUACACCAAAAAUAAAAAGAAAGCAUUAAAGGAUAUUAAUAGGACGAUAAGGUGCAAGUUGCUAAUAAAUUAUUAAACGUGUAUUAUUUUGAAUGACAAAUAAACAUUGAAA